UGGCAGGGCUGCCUCUGCUAUACAUCAUCUAUCCUGGGUCAGCCCUGAAGCUUUACUCAUGGUGCCUCAUCUCCAAGCAUGUACUGAAUGAUGACCCAUUUGAGUGUUCUUUCCAGUUCUUGUAAAGGGAAACUUGACUGUUCCAUGGAAGUUAGCAACGUAACCACAGUCACCGCGUUUGUUCUCCUGGGGCUAUCCAACAACCCUCAGAUUCAGGUAUUACUCUUUGGGCUAUUCCUGGUGAUUUACCUCUUGACCCUCACAGGGAACUUGAUGAUGUUGCUGGUGAUCAGUACCGAUUCCCACCUCCACACUCCUAUGUACUUCUUCCUGAGUCACCUCUCUUUUCUGGAUGCUUUCAGUUCCUCAAUCAUUGUGCCCAAACUUCUGGAGAACCUUCUUUCUAGGUGGAAGAUUAUAUCCCUCCUUGAGUGUUUCACCCAGAUGUCUUUGGUCAUAUUUUCUGGAGCCACUGAAGCUUGUCUCCUUUCAGUCAUGGCCUAUGACCGAUUCCAGGCUGUGUGCCACCCUCUGUUGUAUGUAGUGGCUAUGAACAGAAGGGUAUGUACUGGCCUGGUGGGGGCAUGCUGGACCGUAGGAAUGGGGACCAGCCUGAUCAACACACUCCUCUUGGCUCAGCAGUACUUCUGUGGCCCCAACCUUGUCCGCGGUUUUGCCUGCGAGCUUCCCUCAGUGCUCCUGUUGACCUGUUCUGACCCUCACGCUAGCAUUGCCUGUAUCUUGACCACCAUGGUGGUCCUGGGCCUGGGUACCCUUGUCCUAUUGCUGGGUUCCUACACCCAUAUCAUCAUGACAGCUCUGGGAAUCAACUCUGCCAAGGGUCGGAGCAAGAUCUUCACUACCUGCUCUUCUCAUUUCCUUGUGAUCACCAUCUUUUAUGGUUCAGGACUUUUCAGGUACAUGACUCCAGCAACCGGCUCAGCCUUAGAGCAAGUGCUCUCUGUGCAAUACAGCGUGGUGACCCCACUGCUAAACCCCCUCAUCUACAGUCUGAAGAACCAGGAGGUGAAGGCAGCUCUGAGGAGGAUGUUGGCCAGGAAGUCCAGGCUUACCUUCUAGCCCAGACUCCACUGCCUCACCAGGAGGAAAAGUCCUGGGAAGAAGACAGACAGAAAGAGCUAUGAUCGCUAAGCUAUCUCAGCUUUCAUCCCUAUCCAAAGCAGUAAUCUUCAUUUCUCCGUCUUCAAUGUCCCCUGAGUAAAUCCCCACAGAGCAGGUAACACCCAUCCACAGGGUGCUCAGUCACUACACAAGAAAAUUCUGAAAGCCUCACUGGCCAUUUCUACAGCUAUUGACUUUUCCUCUUUUUUCUCGUCCUUUCUCUCCACUCCUCCCUUUUCUGCUAUUCCCUCUCCUUUUUACUUUUGUCUAUGAAGUUGCACAAAGUGUAAAUCAAAUACCCCAUUCAUUCUGGGAGAGUCCAUCUUGGGCACCGUGAGACCGAACGCCUCCUU